UCCAAUCACAGCUGAUCGUAUGUAAACAGGGAAAUGAGACAUGUACACAGAUCAUCAGAGCACUGAUGAUCAGUGUGCCCUGAUGAUCUGUGUAACCCCAGCAGUGCCACCUGUCAGUGUCCAUCAGUGCCAGCUCUCAGUGCUCAUCCAUGCCACCUGCCAGUGCCCAUCAGUGCCACAUCAAUGCCACAUAUCAGUGCCUACCAGUGCACAUCAAUGCCACAUAUCAUUGCCCAUCUGAGCUGCCUUUCAGUGUCACCCAUCAGUGGCAGUCAGUGCCACCUAUCAAUGCCAGCCAGUGCCACUUAUUAGUGCUGCCAAUCAGUG